AAAACUCAUUCUUUCUCCUUCAAGAAACAAGAAAAUAGUGAAACACGCACACAUUGUGGUGUUUGGUGGGUCGCUCAAAGAUCAAGAAACUGGUAUGCUCGAUCUGUACCGAUAAUUUCUUCUAUUUGCUACGAACCUGAUCCAGCAUUGAAAAUAGUUUGUCGCCAGAUUUCACCUGUUAUACCCCAUAAUUACAAGGAGAGUAGCUAUCAUGUAUCAGUUUUUACUUUUACGCUGAAUAAUUUUGGCAAAACAACAGCAGAUGUCACCUUGCUUUUCACAUGGGCUGUAAGUGCUAUGUUUUUUUAGUUGCUGUUAUAGUUACCGCGUGUUAGUUUUAAAUACUUGUUUUUUGUUGAUGAAUUGAGUGCAAACUAUUUGAUGUAUGCAUUCAUAAUUCUGUUGGAGGACAUUCUGAAUUUACUGGUCAGCACUUCAACUCAAAGAUAAAGAUGCCUGAUGGGGUGCUCCUACAUCACAAGACUGCAAAAGAGAAAUCUCCCGUCACAUUUGCGAUUGUUGCAGAAGAGGCCAAUAUGUUCAUGUCUCAGAAUGCCAUGUCUCUGUUGUAUCUGGUUCUUGCGAGGGUAUCUCAGCGAAGGACAUGCGGCAUGAAAAUAAACAGGCAACAAUUGGAUGUUAGAGUCGUAAUCAUUACAUUGUGAAAUUUGGAUACAAAUUUGUAUACAUACACAUCCAAACUAAGUUUAAUCAGCUUUUGAUUCAUGGCUGGAUUUUUGCUUGGUGAUGUCUCAAAUAGAGGAGCACAUUCAGGAUGGUAUUUUUCUAGGAAGGAGAUUGAAGAAAAUUCACCAUCCCGAGCAGAUGGCAUAAAUUUGAAGAAAGAAACUUACCUACGCAGAUCAUACUGUACGUUUCUGAAACAAUUAGGCAAGGAACUUAAAGUACCUCAAGUAACUAUUGCAACAGCAAUAAUCCUUUGUCAUAGAUUCUUUCUUCGGCAGUCCCAUGCAAAGAAUGACAGGAGGACCAUUGCAACAGUGUGCAUGUUUCUUGCUGGCAAAGUUGAAGAAACUCCUCGCCAAUUGAAAGAUGUAAUCCUUGUUUCAUAUAAAAUUAUAUAUAAGAAGGAUCCAUCAGCAGUUCAGAGAAUCAAACUGAAGGAAGUGUAUGAGCAGCAGAAGGAAUUAAUUCUACUUGCAGAGACUCUUGUUCUUACAACUCUUGAUUUUGAUCUUAACGUGCACCUUCCUUAUAAACCUCUUGUUGAGGCAAUAAAGAAAUUUAAAGUUGGUCAAAAUGAACUUGCUCAAGCUGCUUGGAAUUUCGUAAAUGAUGGACUUCAGACAUCUCUUUGCUUGCAAUUUAAGCCCCGUCACAUCGCAGCUGGAGCCAUAAUCCUUGCUGCCAAGUUUCGAAAGGUGGAGCUCCCAUCUGAUGGGGAGAAGGUCUGGUGGCAAGAGUUUGGUGUCACCCCACGCCAAUUGGAGGAACUGAGUAACCAAAUGCUCGAGCUUUAUGAACAAAUUCGAAUGCCGCAGUCCAAUGAUGCUGAAGGAACUACGGUUGGUGGGAAUUCCAAUCGGACCACCGUAAAAGCUCCAAAUAGUAACGAUGAAACAGCAGCUGCAAACAGUAAUUCCCAGACCGGAGACACUAGUUCGAGACCUGAAACAUCAAAGCCUGCAUCUUCUAAGAUCGCCCUUGAUUCAUCUGUUGCUAACCAGGUUGGGCGCUCUGUCUCUAAUCCUGGUAGAAGUAGUGAUUAUGGGGCCAAAGAAAUGACACGCAGGGUGAUAGAUUAUGUCAAAAUUAAUCAACAUUCUGAGGAGGAAAACUCACUGCAAGCACAAGAUGUGGCGAGAUCUCGGUCUGAUAAUGGUGAAAAAGAGCAUGAAAACAAUACUCUUAGAACUGAAACUAAAGAACACGCUGAACCGAAAGAUAAACAUUACAGUAGAAACCCAGAUCAUAAGGAUGGUAGUAAACUUAGCCGGCCUCCUCAAGAAGCCAUUACAAAUUUUGAUACAGACAAGUACAAAGCUGCAAUAGAAAAACGAAGGAAAGCAACUGGUCAUAUAACCAAAAAAACAGAUUUCAUGGAUGACGAUGAUCUCAUUGAGAGGGAACUGGAGGAUAUAGAUUAUACUCCUCCUCAUAGUGAGAAGAGUAAGCAAGAUAGAAGGCAAAGCUGGUCUAAGCUCUCAGAUAGAUCAGAUUAUGACAACAUUCACGGGGGACAUCAAGAUCAUGCAGAUGAGAAACCUCAUGGGGUAAAGGGUCUGCCAUCACUCCAAGAUCAUGCUGUGGAAGAAGGUGAGGUGUCAGCUUUUGACUGCAUUAGUUUAGGGCUUCCGUCACCCAAGUCAAGCAACCGCAAGAGGAAAGCAGGGAGCUCACCUGAUAGAGUGGUGGAGGGGAAGCAGAGACAUAAUUAUGGUUGUGAAUCUCACCACAAUAAUCGUUCUGAUUAUGUUGAAGAUCAGAGCAAGGUCAGCAGGCUAGGCCAUACUUAGAGGGACAACAAAAGGCAUCCACAGGCAUAACAUGAGUUCUUGAUUAAUGUCGCAUUUCUUCUGAAGAAAUUCAACUAAUGUCUCUUGAUUAUUAGGAUAAAUCAGAUUCGAAGUUUCAUCUUCAAACUCUUUUGGUUACAUGGUCAAUGUUUUCGUCUUCCACAAACACUGCCUCGAUGACGCAUACUUCAUGUGUUGGUAAAUCUUCUUUCACACUUGUGAUGUCUACCAUAUUGAUCCCGAAUUUGGCUUUUCCUCGAAGAUCAAUCUCCCUUCUUUGAUGUAUAUGAAAAACGGAUCACACAGAUGGGCAUGUCCCCACUAGUAUAUAUAGGUCCGUUUGAAUUAAUUUAUUUGAGCUUAUGCGAUAUAACAUAUGCAUAUAAAUAAGUUUUUAUGUAUUAUUAUAAGUUUUUCAACGUAGAUUAUGAA